GGAGUCAGGAUGCCUAUUGGGGGUUUUUGUGUAUGCUAGCGCAGAUGUUGAAACCAGGAAACUCCAAUGGAGCACUCUGAUUAGGCAUAGUCUGAGAUGGGGUAGGAUACGGUUUGUAGAAGGUGAUUUUAAUGAUAUCCUGUCCAAUCAGGAUAAGAGAGGGGGGAGGCUAAGGGAUCAUAAUAGCUUCAGGGAUUUUCAAAACUUUGUGAAUACCAUAGGGAUGGGGGAGACUAGAAUCAGUGGUCAUAGGUUCACUUGGGCCAAUAACAGGCAGGGAGAGAACUUUAUUGAGGCCCUUCUGGAUAGAGUUUUCUUAUCCCCUGAUUGGCUUAUUAGAUACCCCAAUGCUUUUGUUAAUCACAUCACCAUGUCUUCAUCAGAUCAUAAUAUGCUUACUUUGCAAAGUGAUAAUACCUCUGAAGUCAAAAGAUCCAGAUUUGUUUUUGAUCCAAGAUGGAUGAAGUCAGAUGGGUAUAAGGAGCAGGUGGAGAAGGCUUGGAAUCUACCAGUGAGAGGCCCUGCUCUACUAAAAAUGCAAGAAAGAAUCAGAAACAUUAGACAGGCUCUUAUCAAGUGGAAAAACACUCAGGAACAUAACUCAGCCAAGU